UUAAGAGGCGAUGCCCGAAGGGGGAGGGGCCACUCUUUCUUUCCUGUCGGGGUAUGCCGAUAGAUAAGUAUGAGACCCCCUGCAAGAAUGCGAUCACAUUGGCAAAAACAAGUCAUUGUGUUGCCUUCCCUCCGCCGACUCACACCAGACGCUCCAAGAAUGCAGCGGCUCGUCCUGCCCGUCCUCCUGGCAUCCUUCUGGACCAUCUGCACAGGAGCAGGAGAUUGGUGCUAUCAGUCCCAGUUCACCUGUGAUCAUCAGUGCAAUGUGCCAGAAAAGUGGAAUCACGCCAACAGCAACUGUGCAGGAAGAUACCAGUCACCGAUCAACGUUGUCACCAGGAAGACUUUGAAAGACGAGCGGCUGACUCCAUUCAAGUUCGACAACUACCAGGAGAUCUUCAGAGAGACCAUCGAGAACAACGGCCACUCAGUUCAGGUUAGAAUUCCUCACUUGAGCACCAUCUCAGGUGGAGGCUUGCCGACCACCUACAAGGCUGUCCAGUUCCAUCUGCACUGGGGCAACAACGGGGGGCCUGGCUCUGAACACACCAUCGAUGGGGAGCAGUAUCCCAUGGAGUUACACAUUGUUCAUAUGAAGCAACAAUACACUGAUCUGACAACAGCACUAUCUGAUCCAGAGGGAGUUGCAGUCCUUGGGUUUUUCUACGAGGUAUCCAACAGUGGAAACCGAAAGUAUGACCCCAUCAUCAGCGCCCUAAAAAACAUCAAAACUACAAAUGGCAACACGUCUCUGAAUCCCAUCUCGCUGGCACAACUGAUCCCAUCUGAGCAGAAUAUGACCUCCUAUUAUCGCUACAAGGGCUCUCUGACCACCCCAGGGUGCACUGAGGCUGUGAUCUGGACCCUGUUUGAGAACCCCAUCCCCCUGAGCAUGGAUCAGCUGCGUGCGUUCUCCGAGCUCAAGUUCCACGACGGGAAGGCGAUGGUGGGCACCUUCAGGCCGGUCCAGCCCCUGAACGGUCGGCAGGUGUUCCGGUCGGGAGGCGCCGUGAUCCUGGCCAGUUCCGCCUUCCUUGUGGCCGCCGUCGUCACGGCCUUGGGAUUGUCCCAGCCCAACUAGAGCGGCGGGGGCAUCCCAUGCUGCACUGCGACAUCCAUGAACACACUAAGUUCUUUAUCCGAACCCUUGUUUGUAACAUCUUCAUCGCAUGGCGGCUAGGAUGAUCGACCACGUCGUAGUGCAGGCAUGACUCACCCGGUGUUUUCCUCCCUUUACAACACAGAUGACAAAGGCGUUCCAGGAAUGCCUUACGAAAGGUGCUGUGAGGGUUUGACCAGCAUUCAUGCAUGCCUAGUGAAGUAGUAGGUCUUAUUUCAGCAUUAUGAAUGUGCCAUAAAGCAGGUUACCAAGCACUCAAAGUGACUACUGUAUUAAAUCUUAAUCACCAGAUCCCUUAGUCAUGCCCUAAAUUUUCACAACGUCAUCCUCUAAAAACCAGCACACCCCUGCGUACACUUUAGCUCUCGUCCGCCUUGUCCAAUGUCAGGUAAAUUUAGUCUCCGCUAAUGUGGCCGACGGUUUGCGCUCUGAGUGCCGAUGUCAGCCCAAUGACCUGUCACGUGACGCGUCGUUCUCAGUGGGGCAUGUGAACAGCGCUGGGCUAUUAAUAGCGGAACUGAGUCACAAAAGACGAGCUCCAUUUCAAAGCCAGCGGUCAAAGGAGUCAGCAGUUUGGCUUUUCUCUCUAAGUCCAGGAGCGCAGAGCGUGGCCGUCAGGUGAACCCCGGCACGGCCACUCAGUCAGCAGCUGUUUCGGGGAAAGAAGGACAGGGCGAGAGGUGUGAGGUCUCUGUGGGAACGACUGAGCGCUGAUCUGAGAGCAGAGCUGCAGUCUUUCCCCUCCCCAGAGUCAGAGAUAACUGACGCCUGAGACAAAGACGAGGAGGAGGGCGCAUCUGCGAGCGUGAGGAGAACAGCAACCACCAGCAUAGAAAAAUGCCACUUUUUCGAACUCGUUAUUCUCAUGCAUCGCUAACACCUGCAUGAAUCCGCUGCAUGUGUCGAUCGCGCGAGACGUCUAUCGCGAGCUACGCGUGCAGGCCGCUGGAGUGAUGCUGCACACACUUAAACCGCGCUUGCCAAAUCCAUAACACACACCUCGGGCAUGCCAUUCCCCCAUUUUUGACCCGGGAAGUUCACUGAGCUCAUCUUGAGAGCGCAUGACUGUGUUCAUGGCUUGUAUUAACAGGGUCAACGGAAUGCACUGAAUGUUAUCGACUGUGAAUUACACCCCACCGAGUCCUCGCUCAUUUAUUCGGGAGGACUCGUUAUGUAUGCUAGUGAGCGAUCUGUGCAAUUUUCCCAGCAAGAUGUACUGUGAUGAUCGAGCAAGGAAUCUGUAUAUUUUCCAUUGUUUCAUACGGCAUCAAGUCAUAUUUCUAUGCUGUGUCAUUGUACACAUGUAUUUAUGUACCGAAUGUGUAUAUUGAUGUGAGACGCACAGUUAUUGUUAUUUAUGUAUUGCAAAGUUUAUAUAUAUCGUACUGAAUGCAGACCCAUAUAUGAAGCAUCGAGUUGUCCAUGACCAAUCGAGUUUACUUAUGAUGUACAAGUGUAUGAGAUUGUCGGGUUGUAAUGCUUGAAACUGUCAUGAAUAGUAUGGAGAAUGUGUUCCAACUGAACAAAAAGAAUAAACCUACUUACUUUUUAAUGACGGCC